AAGUGGCUCCUGCAAGCUUAAGUCCCAAUCAAUAAUAGUUUGUUUUUAACAGUUAUUUGCUUGGAGACAGUAGGUGGGCACUUUGCCAUGCCUAUUUCUCUCAGGGCCAUGCUGCUGGCUCCCUCUACUCAGAGCUGACAUCAGGCCCCACCCGUUGCAAGCCACGCGGUGGUUCCCCACUUCCACCCAGCGGCAGAAUGCAGAGGGCGAGUCCAGCUUAGUGACCAGCAGAGAAAGAACAGGCAGGGUAGGAUGGGGCGAUUGCAACUUUCAACUUUCUCUAUUAAACUUUCCCUACUAAACCUUCUUUCUUUUACUUCAAAGCCAGCCGUUCCUCCGCUAAAAACAAAAAAAAAAACACCAAAAACGCGGCGCUGUUCUACAUUAUUCUCUCUCCCCUUCGCGCAUCUACCCCACCCUCCAGCCUCGUCAAGGGGGAGUUGUCUAGCUGUGAGACUACCGCUCUCCUCGAACCUGCGUGGGGCCGGCUCCUACGCGGCGCAGUCGCUUCUUGUUCCGGAGGUGCCUUAAGGCGGGAAAUGAGGAGGGGGAGCGUCGGCCCCAAAGCUUCCGAAGCGAGGCCACCGCCCGCGCCUCUCUCCCUCCCUCCAUCCCAUUGCUGGGAAGAGGGGCCCGAAUGAAAGAGGAGGCGAGCUGAGGCUUUUCCUCCGAUUGCUUGUGCGCCAAAAAACCAAAAAAAAAAAAAAAAAAAAAAAAAAAAAAUUCUGAGCAGCCCUUUUAAAGAGGCAGCCCGAGUUCACAUAACCGUCGCCGCCUUCCUCCCCAGACUUUCAGCGCAGGCCGUUGCCGUCGAGCCCAGAAAGCCACCCCGUUUGUUGAAAGGAAGAAUGGGGUGGGAGAAGAGAAGAAAAAGGCUCCGCUGACUGAGCCCUGGCAAAGAUCCCUUGUGACUGUUUCGGACUGCUUCGAAACGGGGGGGGGGGGGGAAAGAAGGCUUGCGGAGAGCUGGAUCAAAGAAACCGUACGAAAGGCAAGGAUUCCGACGAGCACCGAGGGUGAGGAUGGGAUGAGGACUCGAUGCGGGUUCUCAAUCUCUUUCUCCCCUUCCGCCCUCAGCGCAGGCGGGGGUCAUGAAGCGUCCCACGCCCCAAGAGAUGAUCGAACUGCAGACCCUGGGGCUGGAGGAGCAGCUGGACCUGACGCGCGGCCCGCGGGGCACGGCCGAACGCCCCGUCCGCUUAGAGCGCGCCAAUGCCUUGAGGAUCUCUCCCGGAAAAGUGCCCGAGCUCUUGACCCGCGUUCGCCAGAUCCGCCUUCUGGGUGACGAGAUCGAUCCCAAACUGACCGAGGAACUCGGCGAGGGUCACCUCUUCAGAUCCUGCACUCAGAGUCAGCCCACCUGGUGCGAUCUGUGCGGGGAGUUCAUCUGGGGCGUCUACAAAAAGCGUCUCCGUUGCAUUUAUUGCAAGUUCAUCUGUCAUUACCGAUGCCGUGCUCUAAUCCGACUUGAUUGCAGGGGUCCCAGAUAUAAAAAUGAGCAGGAAGAAGGCAAUGAGCAGACAAUAGAAAAAGACACUAAUGUGGAUGAACAGAUUGACUGGGAGAAAACCAUUUUGUCCCAAGCUGAGAUUGAACAAAAGAUAAAAGAAUAUAAUAGCCAGAUAAACAGUAACCUCUUUAUGAGUUUGAAUAAAGAUGGGUCCUAUACUGGCUUCAUUAAGGUACAACUAAAACUGAUCCGGCCUGUGUCAGUACCUGCCAAUAAGAAAGCACCCUCAAUCCAGGACACUAGGAAGAGUUCUGUGCGCAGCCAGGCUGUAAAGCGCCGAACUUCAUUCUACUUACCAAAGGAUACAAUCAAGCAUCUGCAUAUAAUUUCUCGUACACGUGCCAGUGAAGUCAUUGAAGCCCUGCUCAAGAAAUUCAUGGUUGUUGACAAUCCCCGCAAAUUUGCCCUCUUUGAGAGAACAGAAAAAGAUGACCAAGUAUAUAUCCGUAAGCUUUCUGAUGAGGAGCAACCCCUGCGUCUCCGACUACUUGCUGGUCCUAACGAAAAAACACUCAGUUUUGUUCUGAAGGAAAAUGAGACUGGUGAAGUCAAUUGGGAUGCCUUUAGCAUGCCUGAAUUGCAGAAUUUUCUUCGUAUCCUGAAACGUGAAGAAGAGGAGCAUACUCGGCAGAUUCUGCAGAAAUAUGCCCACUGUCGCCAAAAAAUGCAAGAGGCUUUAGCUGCUCGCACCCCAGGUUGAUAAAAUGCUAUAUCCCACACCCAGCACUCCAGUAAAGAGCAGAUGCCAAAAGCAUGAAGCCAAGUGGACUGCAAAUGAAGUGAUCCUUCGACUGUCUGUGGGAUGAAUGUAUCUCUGGAGGUGGUGGGGAAGGGACAGCAGGGAUGUAUGGAUCUCUUUGUGACCCUUUGAUCAGUGCAUGUGUGCUCCCAUGGAGUGAAUGGUUAGUAAAUGUUGCAUGCAUGACACAUUGGGAUCAGAUGAGAAAAUAAAAAGGUGUUUGCAGGAUGUGUCUGAAGAUGGGGGUUUUAGGGCAAUACUAUAGCACUGUUACUGAAAAAAGUGCCAAAAAGCUAGUCCACUUUUACAGUAAAAGACUUGCCGAGUUAUGUUUCUCUGGGACUGGAAUUGAGAAGGAUUUAUGGUUAACUUAAAAACAACUAGAGUAGCUUUAAAUCUAGAAGCAUUCCAGGAAGAGAGGCAUCCAUGGCACUUUUCUUUAAAAUAUAUAUAUUUUUUAUUUUUAUGUAGGUAAUUAAUUGUAAGAUUCCUUUUUAAAGGACUAGUCUAAUUCACUCAGCCAUGUCUCAGCUCAUCUUUAGUAGGAACUUCAUGGUCAGUCUGAUUAAAGUGAAAUCUACUGCCUCUUAUCUGAAGUCAUUACUAAGACUGAUCGGGUAGAGAAAUAGAGACUAAAGUUUGUCUUCUCUCAGAAUUAUAGAAAAGCAGUUAACAGAAACAUUGACAAGUGGGCUAUAAAAACAAAAUGUAAAAAGUUUCUGCCAAUAUAUCUCCUUUAUUUUGCUCUCUUUAUGGAAAGAUUGAAUCUAGCUGCUUAACAAAUCUCAGAACUCAGGCUUCUCUUCUGCUAUAAUCAUGGCUUUUGAGUACUUAUUUUUAUACGGGCACAUGCAUGAUUGAGAUCUUGAUGUAUGGCUGUGGAACAAUAAAGUUUUGGGCAGAACCUAGCAGGAAAUUUCCUGGGUUGCUGCUCAAAACAUCUGUGAUAUGGGAAGCAUUUACUGCUACAGUAAGUCUCUCUGAGCUUUAAUAGUCAAGUGUCAGAGCAUUGAAAAAUAUUUUAAAAAUAAAACCUAGGCUUCUGCCAUUUCUGGGGAAUCCUGUUUAAAAUUGUUAACUAUCUUGAACAUUGAAUGGAUUAAUUAGGAUUGCUCAUUGUUUUGAAAAUUGAAUGGAUAAAACAUUUUUGGGAAUUGAUUAGGUUAUGAAUGAUACUGCUUAUAUACCGAUCAAUAAAUGAUUCAGGGAUGAGAAAUA